UGCAUCAGAAACCUGCAACACACGCCCCACCGAACAAACGAGCGAAAUCACCCCUGUGUAGUUUGUGUUACAAUAGAAUAUCAUAUGUGCGGAAGAUAGCGAAAACAUCAAAAAUGGGAAGAAACCGCAGAUCUAACCGAAUGCGAAAUUCUCAGAAUUUCACUCAAAUCUGUGCCCGAAAGGCCGCCGAAAACCGGAGUUUUUUCACUCAGGCCAGGACACGAGAGGAAGAGGGAAACCAUCUUCCUCGGUUACAGGACCAAUAUUUCACCCUGUAACCUGUACGUCGGGGAGAACUUCAUAGUUCAUCAGCUACAGUGGCUCAAAAUUCAUAAGCUCAUCAAUGACAUCGAGUCGAGUGGAAUAGCGAAGUGCGAUUUCAUUCCAACGCGAGGUGUAAACCGAAUGUCUCUCACGGAGGGCGCCGAGCGUAUACGAGAUGUGCCGAAUGCGGGAGGGAACUCUGUCCUGUCAGAAGUUCUUUCAUUCGAACUGAUGAACAAGUGCUUUGCGGCUAAACUCUUGAAGACUGAGAUGGAGGUAUCCUACUUUCCCACCGGGGGGUCGAUCACGGACUACAUGUGCGAGGUGUUCGGUCAGCGACUCGGCGUGUCUGUCACCCGCGCCAUGAAAUACAAGGGAGACUACUGCGAGGAGGACGCCCUACACUUACUGUGCAAAAAAUUAAAAGGGAUAGUGCAGUCCAGCCAGAAACACAUUAGAAAACUGGAAGAAACAGAUCUUGCACGUGUGGGCGACUGACAAGCAUGUGGCCAGGAUAAUUGAGAAUGCCUAUGAGCAGGUUCCUGACGACCUGAAGGGAAAUACCAUGGUCCUUGUCACCACAGCAACAGAGUCAAAGUUCAUUUUCCUCAACGCCAUCUGAAGAACGGACAGAGUAGCCUGCAGCACCUCCAGGACAUCAUCAGGCAAGCAGCAUGCGUGGAACACACCGGAGCCUUUGGGUCCAGAACAUUGGGAAAUGUCGACAGUGUUCGCCUGCAAGCAGUGCUUGGUGGACAGCCCAGAACCAAUCAGAGAUGUCACCUCCAAUGCUGUACCAUCUUUUCUUGGAAUGACCUCGACAGAAAGGGCUGACACAUGUUUACAUGAUCAAUAUAUGAGUCAGAAGAAAUUUGAGCCACUGUAGCAUCUAUCACAAUCAAUCACCAUCAUCAUCAUCAUCGUCGUCGUCGUCAUCGUCAACAUCAUCAUCGUCAUCAUCAUCAUAUCAUCAUCAUCAUCAUCAUCAUCAUCAUCAUCAUCAUUACCAUCCCGUCCCCCACCCGUAUUGUGAUUAUCUGCAUACAAGUAACCGAUCUGGUUCGCCAUUUAUACUAAUGAUAUAUAUUUUUAUACCUUGAUGCAGAUCCUACCGAGUAUCAUCUCAAUAGCGUAUGUGAGUGAACACUUUUGUUUACUUUCUUGAAAAUUAUCAGUUCACAUAUUGCUCAGGAAAUGUCAUUUUGUUACACACACAUGUGUUGAUAUACAGAAGUAUUUAAACUGGAUAUCGACGCUGCAGUUUAAUUUGUUAUCCGUAAUACACUCUACGCAUAGAUAUUAAUAGAAUAUAUAAUAUAUCCGUAAUACACUCUAUGCAUAGAUAUUAAUAGAACAUAUAAUAGAACUAAUUACACCAUUAAGCAUAAUGGAAAAACCAACCCCAGGAGCAUAAACCUUUGAAUUUUCCUGUUAAUCGCAGUGUUAAACUGUUCACAUCAUACGCUUCUGAGAUGAAGGAUCUGUCACCAGUCAAUCAGGAUGUAAAUGGUCAGAGGAUUCCGUCAGUUUCCCCGGCUGUGAAUACGGACACGUACGUGGUGGGAGGCAAUAGUGUAGACCAUGACAAACCCUUGUACAUAAUAUCCCUGUCAGUAUUAUACACCCCCUGUUGCGCUGUGUCUGUGUGGUGUGUGCGAGAGUAUGAAUAUAUGUGAUUUCAUUAGUUGAUACAGUAUUAAUGUAUGACAGUCCCCUAUUGAACGAAUCCCAUAUUGCAGUGAUGUUAUCAUCACGUGUGCGUACGUCACUGUCAUGUCAUGAAUGUGUGUCGAGUUUAUUGUUAUACAUUGUCAGUUUUAUGUUUUAUUUUAUACUUUUAUAAUAAAUUUAAAAAUAGA